UUUAAAUGUUGGCAUGACGUAUUAUUCACAUAUGACGUAGAUGUUUAGACAUUUAAUUCAAGAGGAAAAUCUUAUUUAUAAUGCAGAAAAUAUUCUUUCGCUUAGUGCGACAAAUAAAAUUUGGAUAAAAAGGAUGAAUGAAAAUUUGUAUGAAUAUGCCCGUGUUGUAGUUGUUACUGUUUGUGCGUACACUAUUUUGUGUCUCUUUGUUACACACCAGGAUCUGUUCAUUCCCUCUAAAUCAUCAAGGGGGGAGAGCGAGCAUGACAGUUUCAGAGCAAGUUCUCUAAAUUUUCGAUACAAAGAUAUGAAGGACAAUCAAAAUAAUAUGAAAGAAGAAAGAGGCAAAAUCGAUUUCUUUGAGCGUCAUGACACUCGAGAAAAAUGGGAAUCAUUAUUAAUAGCUGACAGCGACAUCGAGGCCAAAGUUCGAUUCCAGAAAGAUGACAAAAACAUGGAUUCAUUCAACCAGCACAUGGAUCGCCUAAAAAGAUCAAGUUUGCAGGUGCCACACGAGGAUUUUUCUUUUUCGGAAUGGAGCACAUGGUCAGAUUGUGAUUCAAUCGAUUGCAAAGUACCAGGAUAUCAACAAAAAUCAAGAAACUGUUACGGAACAAAUCUUGAAGAACGACAGGAUCAUCCAUGCAAAUAUGAUAAUUUGGUGAAGAUACGACCUUGUUAUCCUAUUGAGUGCAAGAACGACACACAAGCAAUAAUCAGUUGGUCACCAUGGACAAAAUGGAGCGAAUGCAGUAUAACUUGUGGUAGAGGUGGAUCGCAGACCAGAAUACGAAAUUGUUUCACUGAAGAUAAUCAUAAAAUACCAAUAGAAAAAUGCCCAGGAAAAACCUCGCAGAAACGUUUAUGUCAAUAUUCAGUGAGUUGUCCUGUAUGGGAUACGUGGAGUGUGUGGUCAAGCUGUUCUCAAACUUGUGGAGAAGGAGCAAUGUAUCGUGAAAGGAGUUGCGUGGCAUACUGGUAUUUUGCUAUUGAUGCCGACGAUGAGAAUGCGUCAGAAAUCAACAGAGAGAAUAAUUUGACCGUCAAUCCAGAAUUCGUUGCAGAGUUGUUUGAGAACAACACAUCAUUCAUGAAAUCUAACAUGCUGAAACAAAAUGUUGGAAUGACAAUUACGUUGGACAAAAAUGAAGUGUUUAUUGUAGAUGCAAUCAAGUUAUCCAAUAUGAAAAUAUUAAAUGUUCAAGAAGAGAGCCAAAUAAAAGUUAAGUUACCAGCGGAAAAAUGUUCCCAUCAAAUGGGAACAGUUACCGACAAGAUGAAUUGUAAUGUAAGAAAUCGUUGCCCUUCAAAGUGGGGCGCUUGGAGCAAAUGGACUCCUUGUCGCCCAGUCUGCGGUGCUGGCAUGAGUAAAAGAGAAAGAAAAUGUAUUCGUAAUAAUGAAAACGAGCCCUGUUCCGGGAGACGAUUUUUGUAUAGACGUUGCUAUUCGUCACCGUGCUGGAGUCAAUGGGUAGAAGUCGAGCCUUGUUCAGCAACAUGCGGUGCGGGAUUAGUCAAACGGAGAAGAAAGUGCAGUUCAAAAACUACACCACCUUACAGAUGUUUUGGACCCGACCAAGAUAUCGAAAAGUGUAAAAUAAAGCCUUGUGAUGAUGAUUCAUGGACGAACUGGUCUGAAUUUAGCGAAUGUACUGUAUCUUGCAACGGGGGGUUCCAACACAGAAAUAGGACUUGUACUCAAGAAAAUUGCCAUGGUUCUUCUAACGACAUCAAGCUGUGCAACAGACAGCGAUGUCCCACCUGGGGGAAAUGGGGACCAUACACCUGCUGCAAUGUGACGUGUGGUCACGGAACACGGGAACGACAUCGUGACUGCGUAAAUGGAAAUAUUGGAGAUUUCGGGUGCAAUGGUACAACUACAGCAACCCAUCCUUGCUACCGACCACCAUGCAAAAAUUCAAUGCAGAUGUCUUCUACAAUUGGAAACAUUGCUUGCGGUAUUCAACCACGAGCAACUUUGAAGAACGCCGUGUUUUUGCGAAUAUUUGGCGGCAAGAUGUCCGUUCCACACGGUUGGCCGUGGCAAGCAAGUUGGCAACAUCGAAUAAGUGAGAAUAAUCAAUGGAAACACUCAUGUGGGGGAAGUUUGAUUCACCCAAGAUGGGUUUUAACGGCUGGGCAUUGUAUUCAAGAGACGGCAUUUCCCGUACUGCUCAGUGAUCCAGGAUUGUGGUGGUCCGUAGUUCUUGGAAUGGAUAAGCUUUAUAAAGACGGAGAGAGAUAUUUCGUUGACAGAAUUUACGUACACGAAGACUAUGCACGCGAAGUAGUGACAAUAAAUGACAUUGCACUUAUAAAACUUCGUAACAUGGUUCCGAUCACAGAAAAAAUCUCACCAAUCUGUUUACCUGGAAUUAGAAAACCUGAGCCAGGAGAGCAAUGUAUUGUAUCCGGGUGGGGAUUAACAGGGCCAGAUGCUCGCCACUCACAAGUUCUCCUGGAAGCAAACGUUCCCGUGGUAAGCUUUGAUGAAUGCCAGACAUUGGGAGCUUAUUAUAGACAUUUUCUAACAAGAAAUAUGCAUCUCUGCGCAGGAAAUCCUAUAGAUGUCAAAGGUGAUUCGUGUACGGGUGACUCUGGAGGUCCUCUUUCGUGCAAAAGCGGAGCAUCGUGGUAUAUGGCAGCUGUUACAUCCUUUGGUUUUGCUGAAUGUGGAACGCCAGGAAAUCUUGGAAUUUAUACUGAGUUAAAUAAUUAUCAGGACUGGAUUCAAAAUAUUACUCAGCUUCAUACUUUCGAUGAAUGCUGAGAAUGCAUACUCUUGAAAUUUUCUGCUCGUUCUUGUUAUUUUUUUCUGUCAUCUAGUUGUGUGCUCUUUGCAAAUAAAUGCCUAGCUCGAUUUUAAAGCUAAAC